UCAAACGGACUAACGGAACUAAUCUUAUUCAUUUAAAAUGAUAUUACGAAAAACAACAUCGAUAAAUACAUUUCUAUAGAAUCUAUGUACCAUGUGCUUUUAGUUUUCAUUUUGCCAAGUAUUUUUUACACGAAUAAAUUGUAUAAAACAAGCGUUGAUGUUAUGUGAAUUAAUUUAGUAUAAUAACGUUGCUAAAGUCUAAUCAUGCCACCAAAAAAAAGUCAAAAUACUUCAAAGGCGAAUAAAUCUAAAAAUGCGGAAGGCGCUAGUGGAAAAGAAGAAAAAAAAGGAGGAAAUGCUGUGAAAGUUAGACACAUAUUAUGUGAAAAACAAUCAAAAAUUUUGGAAGCUAUGGAGAAGUUAAAAGCUGGACAAAAGUUCAAUGAAAUUGCUGCUACGUAUAGCGAGGACAAAGCACGAUCUGGGGGCGAUCUUGGAUGGAUGACAAGAGGUUCGAUGGUUGGUCCAUUUCAAGAUGCUGCAUUUGCGUUACCUGUUUCUUCGCUUAGUUCUCCAAUUUAUACAGACCCACCGGUUAAAACAAAAUUUGGUUACCAUAUUAUAAUGGUGGAAGGUAAAAAGUAAAUAGUUUAUCAUUUUAUAAUUAUAUAAUAUCAAUAAUGCUGGAGAAUUGAGAAUAAUUUCUAUAUAAAAAGCAUGUUCGUGUUUAUAAACUAUGCUUCAUGCUAUGCCAAGCUUAU